AUGCGGUUUCUACGUUUUCGAGAGUCACGUGGCGCUGCCCCUUGCGCGGCGCACGAUUCGGCAAGCGUUGUCGUCCCGACCGUUGGCAGUCAUCGCCUACGGAGUGCGUCGUGGUACGCGCGCAUACUGUGGCAGUGGUCGUCGUCUUUGAGGAGUAGCAGCUGCCGUUGCUGCGUGUCAUGUUUUGCACUGCUGGGGCAGCGCGUGCAGCGUUGGUACCACUGGCUGAAGAGGUGCAGGUUGCUGUGGUAUGCGGUGGCGGCACUGCUGCUGCUGCUCAUUACACUAACCCUCACUGUUAUCCUCUUCAUCGCGCUCACGUGGAACCAUCCGUGGACGCAGUUGCACGUGGAGGGGUGGCUGCGCGACUUGACCGUGAGUCGAUUCUCCGCAGUGGUGCCCGGCAACGUUCACCCGCGCGAGCCAGAGCGGCUGUGGGGGCUCACAGUGCGAUCACCAGAGGCGCUGUCGGUAGAGCCGGUUGUCAACAAUAGCAGAGGCGGCCGGACGAGUGAGACGGAUGCUGCUGCGCGACAGGAGCGGCUAGCUGCGCGCUUGCUGGACCUGCAUGGAGCCAUGCUGCUCCUUUACACAUUCGUGAACGGCAGCGAGGCGAACCACGUCUACCGUCGGCUCGCACUCACGACUUGCGGCGAUUACAUACGCAAUAUCGAGUUCCAACUCGCACUGAACGGCGUCGUGACGGACGGCAAGGGUACGACGGAGAUUUGCACGACGUCCAUCCAUCGCGCCAAGACGAAUGCGGAAGUGCGAAAGAUGGUGGCUCGUCGUGCUUCGGCCACGGUAACGAGUCGCGAUCGCGAGACGGACGAGCUGCGGCACAGCCUGCGGAGCGUGGAGCAGCACGUGCGGUGGCACCGCGGCCGCGUGGUGAUGGUGUCGCCCGGGCACCACCCGACGUGGGUGGACGGCGCGAAGAACUUCCUUGCUGGGAUGUGCGGCGAUGCGCGCGUGCAGGCGCUGCGGUCGAACGGGACGCACCUGCGCGUGACGACUGUGCACCAGGACGCCGUGAUACCGACGCAUGCGAGGCUCACUGUCAACACAAACGUGAUCGAGCAGCACCUGUGGCGCGUGCGCAACGUGACAUCCGUGCACGUGUACAUGAACGACGACUACUUUGUGAACCGCGACGUCGCGAUCACGGACCUGCUCAACGAGUACGGCGGCACGAUUGUGCGGACGGAGUCAGCUGCCAUUGCUGGCGCGAAGACUGGCAAGGCCGGUCUCAUGACGUGGGCGGAGGGGGUCUUGGGCACCAACUUCUUCGUCACUGACGAGCUGGAUCUGAAGCACGAAGAUGAGGUGCCCGCUGCUGUCGUGCGGUUGUGGCAGCAGCAGGACGAUGCGCUCACGCUUUGGGACGUCGAGGCGGUGAGGGAGGGCAAGGCGCCACUGCCAGCGGUCAAGGCUCCUGACCCACGAAACACCAUCUUCAUCAUGCUGGACUACGCCGAGACUUCCCCGCCGCGCAGCAUCGCGGUGCCCCGCGUCGAUACAGUGGACGGAGUCGUAGCGGCGUACCGCAGUCGCACAUUCGGCACGUUGCGGCCCCGCUUCUACGCGACUCACGCGCCGUUCGUGUACUGCACGAACAUGCUGCGGUACCUCGCCUUGCGGUACCAGCGCGAGUUCGCGCAGUCAAUGUUUUUGAGCCGUGCGCGUAGCGCGUCCGAUCUUUAUGUACCCUUCUUGUACAACGCCUUCAUCAUGGCGCGGCCGUGGCAGGCGUCGCCGCGUUUUCCCGCCUACAUCACCCUUCGACAGCAACUGGGGGAGCGGCAGAUGCGAAGGGCGUCACUCUCACCAUCACUGAUGCCAGCAGCGCCCAAGACGGGGGACACGGGUGGCGUGGGCGUGAGGCAGCCGCACACAGAAUGGCCAUCGCAGCCCGCACCCCAGCAAGUGCCUGGAGUGUCAAUGGAGGAGACGCGGAUCAAUGUAGCGCCCAUCGAGCUGAACAACUGCGAUGGCUGCGCACCCGCUACGAUGCUCGUUGGCCCUGAAAAGAGCGAAUGCCUUUUCGGUGCGUUCUCUGACGACCUGCGCGCCAACGAUGGCCUCAUGCGGCAGGUGCGUCAAGCGCAGCCCCUGUUCUUCAACGUGAACGCUGGCCUCACAAAGCCCAAGGCAGCCGAUCAGUUGCGUGCCUUCCUGCAAGAGUUGUUCCCGAAACCUGUCUUUCUAGAAAACAAUGCCGGGGGCGACGCUGCGCUGUCGAGGCUGUUUGGCGACCUGAUGGCGCUGCCGGUGGUGGGCGUUGUGUCGUACGAGGAGGGCGUGUGCCCGCUUGUGCGGAGCCUUGCGCUUGCGUUCGCGGGGCACCACCGUGGCGGCGUGCGUGUGAGCGUGCAGCGGUAUGGGCUCGGCGAGGUGGACGCCACCAUGGCCGAGGUGCGGCAGGACUUGCGGUACACGCAGCAGAGCGCCAUGCCUGCUGUUGCCUGCACCUAUGCCGCGCAUGUGACUGUGAAGAAGUCGCGAAGAGGCGAGUCUCUGGCGGCUCUUGCGCGGCGCGUGCUGGAUGAUGCUGACAAAACCGGUGAUAGUGGCGUGGAGCUGCCGUGGACGUGCAGCGGGGGCUGCGCUGGGCUGCGCGUGCGCGGGUUCCUGGUGGACGCGCGGACGCCAGGUGCACCGUUACGUGACAUGCGAGCUGUGGCCACGGCGCUUGCGGUGCCUGCGCAGACGCUGUCGCUGGAGGACUUCCGCGCCGUUGCUGUUGGGCCGUCGGAGGGCGACGUGGUGCUGGUUGUGUCGCGCGAGGACGCGGAGGCGAAGGCGGUGCACUGGGUGAAUGGGGCGUCGGAGAGUGACCUGCUCCUGACGUACCCGCUGCCGGUGGAGGCGUACGAGGACAUGGACGCGGAGGUGCGGUGGGUGGAGUGGAGGCCACGGGCGAAAGCCACUGCUUAG